AUGCCUCCUUCAGUAUUAGAAUCUUCUCCGCUUCAAACUACUGGUCCCAUCAAAUUCAAUAAUGUGAACCAUCAAAAGAACAACUCACUAAAUCUUCAAGACUUUCCAAAUUAUUCAGAUCUCGAGAAUGCCAAUGAAGGAGGAAAAUACAACAGGUUCUUGCGUACCAUAAAGCAGUGGAGAUUCCAGCAUCGGGAAUUCCUAGCAGAGUUCAUUGGCACAUUUAUUCUUGUGCUACUGAUAGAUGGCGUCGCUGCCGAACAGACCCUGUUUGGAACCAAGUCAUGGCUCACAUCUUCAUUUGGCACUGGCCUUGCAGUGUUGUCUGGAAUCUGUUUGUCUGGCCAUAUUUCUGGAGGUCACAUUAACCCUGCUGUUACUUUGGCUUUCUGGGCAUUCAGUGGGUUCCCUACUCGCAAGGUUCCGGUCUACAUCACAGCCCAAAUUGCCGGUGCAUUUACUGCCGCAGCUGUAUUGUACUCCGUCAUUCUGCCGGCUAUCACAGAGUUUGAUGGUGGUGUUCGUCAGAUCGAGGGCCCCCUGUCAACUGCUGGAAUCUUUGCCACAUACUCGCCUCUCUAUGUUGGCACUGGUGCUGCUGUUGCCUCCGAAGUUGUCGGAACUGCCCUGUUGCUGCUGAUCAUCAUGUCCAGUGGCCACCCUAACAACCUGCCCUUCGUCACUUCCCAAGGGUUUGUAAUCGGUAUUGGUGUCAUAAUCAUCUGUCUCAGCAUCGGAUAUACCUCUGGAUUUUCUCUCAAUCCAGCCCGUGAUAUUGGUCCUCGUCUCUUUACUGCUUUGGCUGGCUGGGGCUUUGAUGUCUUUACCGUCCACAACUACUAUUCUCUUGUUCCCAUCUUUGCUCCUCUUCUUGGAGCCAUGAUCGGUGCACUCACCUUUGUGAUCUUUGUAGAUCAAUAA